AUGGCUACUUCAAAUCCUUUACAAAAUAUAUUAACUCCAGAUCAAUUUCAAAAAUGUAUUAAUUUUUAUGAAGCUGAUCAAAAAUUAAAUCAUAAGGAUAGAGUUGAUUUAGCUGUUCAAUUACAAAGUAUAGCUUUAAAAUCAAAUUUAAUUGGAUAUACAACUGGUAUGUUUGGUUUCUUUGGUCCUUCAUUAUAUUAUAGAAUUAGAAAAAUUCCACCACCAAAUCCAUUUUUUUUAAUUCAAAGUCCAUUUUUAUCAUUAUGUAUUGGUUUUGGUGCUUUAAUUAUUAGUAAUAAUUUAUCAACUAAAUAUUAUUAUAAUAAAUAUAAAAACCAUAAAAAUGAUUUCCCGAAUAAAAAUGUUUAUGACGUUUGGCAAGCAAUGGAUUAUCAAAAUUUAGGAAUGUUUACUUUAUAUUAUACUAGAACAAGUUUAAAUCCAAUGUUUAUAAUAAGAGAUCCAAGAACUUGUUCUAAUGAAGCUGAAAUUGAUCAAACUCAACCUCAACAUUAUGUUGGAGCUGUUGGUUUAGGUAAACAAGAUAAUAAAGGUGGUAAACAUGAUUUAGGAGUUUGGGAUAAAGUUAAAUUACAUCAUGGUUUUGAUGUUUCAACUCCACAAAAAUAA